AUGGGCUCGUUGUGCAUGACACGGUUGACGGAGGAGCGUAAGAACUGGCGAAAAGAUCACCCCUUCGGGUUUGUCGCAAGGCCGAUGAAGACACAACAAGCUGCUCUCGACCUGAAGCGAUGGGACUGUGCGAUACCUGGCAAAGACAAGACGAUAUGGGAGGGCGGGCUAUUCAAGCUAGAGAUGCAGUUCCCCGAUGGCAAGUUCGUUCCACCACUCUUCCAUCCAAACGUCUACCCGUCCGGCACCGUCUGUCUCAGCAUCCUCAAUGAAGAAGAAGGCUGGAGACCCGCAAUCACAAUCAAGGAGAUUCUCAUCGGGAUUCAGAUGUUGCUCGACGAAGUCAACCCGGAUUCACCAGCACAAGCGGACGCGUACAAUCUGUAUAAGAAGGAUAGGCAGGCGUAUGAGAAGAAGGUGAAGCAAGUCGUCAAGGACAAUCCGGCGCCCUAG